CAAACAGCGCGCCAACGUUGAAUCCGUUAAGUAUGUCGAUAUAUCUGAAAGCGUACCAUAUGUCGAUUUAUCUGAAAAAAACGUUUUUCGUUUUGCUGCUGACUUGUACAUGAUAACGCGAAUGAUUCAUGUUAGAGGAGUCGCUUGUUACCGUUUGAGAGAUAAUUCCUUCCACUUGACGAUUCGUGCCGAGCCUCGACAGAGGACGUACCCGCGAAACGUUACCUUCUUCCCGAGAUCUAAUAUUUCCUGAUUUGUCAGCAAGUUAGAAAAGUCCGUAAAUAGAAUGAAGUCGUUUGUCGCCUGUUUCGUCAUGUGCUUCAUCAACAUCAUCAACGUGGCUGCGAUUGAAGACAGUUGCCACUGGCACAAGUUGGCAAACAAAGAACUGGAAGAAUCUCUUUUGUAUCAGUGGAAUGUAAAAAAAGCGAAAAAUGUGAUUCUCUUUAUUGGGGAUGGGAUGAGCCCAGACACCAUAACGGCUAGCAGAAUUUAUCAUGGCGGCGAGACCAGUCGACUCGCCUGGGAGCAUUUUCCCCAUAUCGGGAUAUUGAAGACUUACAACACGGAUAAGCAAGUGCCGGACUCGGCCUCUACCGCCACUGCUCUUUUCGGGGGUGUCAAAACGAAUUGCAAGGUCAUAGGGGUGGACGCAAAUGUGCAGUUGGGAGAUUGCGAGGCCAGUUUGAACAGGAGUAAUCACGUGGAUUCGUUCAUAACUUGGGCUCAAGCAGCUGGCAAAGCUACAGGCUUCGUGACGACCACUAGAGUGACUCACGCGACUCCGGCACCACUUUACGCACACUGUGCGAAUCGCAAAUGGGAAUGCGAGGCCAAUAUGCCUUCAAGCGCUGCUGAUUGCAAAGAUAUCGCCAGACAGUUAGUGGAGGAUGAACCCGGGAAAAAUAUUCGUGUGAUUAUGGGUGGUGGCAGACAGACAAUGAAGUCGAAUGUGAGCGCGAGCGAAUUCGACCCGUUGGACACGUGGGCCUGCUACAGGCAAGACGGCCGUGAUCUCAUCAAUGACUGGAUAAGAGAUAAGUGCAAAAGGAACUUGGCGCACAGAGUGGUACAAAAUAACGAAGAAUUGUCUAGCGUCGAUGUCGAUAACGUGGAUUAUCUGCUCGGUAUUUUCGCCAACGGCCACCUUGAGAUGGAUUGGAAACGAGAGCGUGGUCCGAAAGGACAGCCGAGCCUGGAAGAGAUGACCGUGACGGCUCUUCGAAUUUUACAGAAGUCCAAACAGGGAUAUCUCCUAAUGGUGGAGGGCGGCCUAAUUGACUUUGCUCAUCAUCGAGGACACGCGGCCCAAGCUUUGCUGGAAACUGUCCGUUUCUCCGACGCCGUGAACGCGACUCUCGCGAUGAUUGACAUCAACGACACCCUUGUGAUAGUCACCAGCGAUCACACGCACUCGAUGAGCUUCAACGGAUACAGUGAUCGCGGUUCAUCCAUCCUAGGAAUCGCCCAGAAAUCUAAAUACGACGGGACGCCCUACACGACGUUGUCCUACAGUACGGGUGGGCCGAACAACGUCGCUUACACUGUAUACAACAACAGUCAGGCUGUGAGGAUCGAUCCCUCUAAAUCGAACACCAGCGAUUUCAACUACAGCCAGCAGGCAACCAUCAUAUCGAACGAAGCUUAUCAUGGCGGUGGAGAUGUAGCCGCGUACGCUAUAGGCCCGCACGCGCAUCUCCUUCACAGUGUUCACGAGCAGAACUACGUGGCGCACGUAAUCGCGUAUGCCAUGAGCAUCGGCGAGUACGCCAACAGCGCGGGAAUAUCACGCCACGUUUUAAACAUGAUCGUCUUACACGGCACUAUGAUCGCGCUGAUUUUAAUCGCGUACAAAUAACCCGUUGGCACCCAUAAAUCUACUAUCGAUCUUAUUUGUGGUGGCAGGAAAUAAUAUCCAUGAUCAACAA